AUGUUGUUUAAAUUUUUAGGUGAUGAAGUUGAAUUUGUAAAUGAAAAUUUACCAACAUUAGCUGAAAUUAAUGGAGAUAAUGAAAUUGUACUUGAAAAAUCAACAAAAACAAUUGAACUUAUUUUACCAGAUGGGUCUAUUUCGUUUGUAGAGAUUAUUGACGUUGUUGAGCCUCAAGUGAAUGAUUCUCUGCAACUCGAUGACGCAGAUUACAUAUUGCAAGAAGAAGAUUUGCUUAGUGAUGAUUGUAUUUUCAUGGAUGAUACAUUUAUGACGGAGCCAAUAGAAAAUAAUAAUUUUUUAAACGGUACCAGUCAUACUAUUACAUCUGGACAAUAUGCUUCUACUUCCAUGGAUGAUGAAUUUAUGAUGGAACCAGUAAAAAGUAACAAUGUUUCAAACUGUACCAGUAAUACUAUUACACCUGGGCAGUAUGUUUCUACGUUCAUGGAUAAGACUUGUAUGAUCAAGCCAAUAAAAAAUAAUAAUUUUUCAAACGGUACCAGUCAUACUAUUACAUCUGGACAAUAUGCUUCUACUUCCAUGGAUGAUAUAUUUAUGAUGGAACCAGUAAAAAGUAACAAUGUUUCAAACUGUACCAGUAAUACUAUUACACCUGGGCAGUAUGUUUCUACGUUCAUGGAUAAGACUUGUAUGAUCAAGCCAAUAAAAAAUAAUAAUUUUUCAAAAGGUACCAGUCAUACUAUUACAUCUGGACAAUAUGCUUCUACUUCCAUGGAUGAUAUAUUUAUGAUGGAACCAUACUAUUACACCUGGGCAGUAUGUUUCUUCUUUCAUGGAUAAGACUUGUAUGAUCGAGCCAAUAAAAAGUAACAAUGUUUCAAACGGUGCCAGUCAUACUAUUACAUCUGGAGAGUAUGCUUCUACUUCCAUGGAUAAGACUUGUAUGAUUGAGCCAAUCAAAAGUAACAAUGCUUCAAACGGUACCAGUCAUACUAUUACAACCGGACAAUAUAAAUCUCAAACUUUCAAGCAACUGGCCCCAUCGUUUGAGAAACAUUUAUGCUAUCCAACACCAAUAACAAAGCAACAGAAAAAACCGACAGAAAAAUUGGUAAAUGCAAUUUCUUCUGCAGCAUUUCAAGACCAACUGUCUAAAAAAAUUAAAGAAAAAGAGGAAAAAGAAAUGAUGAAAAAUAAAAAGAAAG